AUGACAAAUCUCGCUUCCUUCCACGCUAUAAAUUACCCAGCCCAGAACAAGAGAACGCCAGUCGAAGCUAACCUAUAUAUGAUACAUCUGGGAAACAGAUUCAGUUGCGAUUGCCGCCUAGACUGGGUCUACUUCUUGCGCGACAAAACCACCCAGCCGCACAUCCGGAACUCCCUGGAAGAAUUACAGUGUCAACUCCAACCGGAAGACAAGGUGGCCACAACGGCGGAAACGUACGAAAAUAUAGGCUGCCCCCCUCUCGAUAAGACCUUCGCCUUUGAGUCCCAAUUUCCCGACGCCAAAGAGAAUGCAGAUGAGUCAGAAGACGAGGAGCCGGACGACAAGGUAUAUCUGACGUCGAUCCCCCUGGCGGACCUGCCCUGUCCUCCCGAGUUUCGGCCCACACCUAUCACCAUCAAGCAGGGCACUACCAGACGCCCGGAGGCGUCCAGGGCGUCUUCUAUCGGAACUUUCGUUCCGGGUAAUUACGCUACAUCGAAAAGCGCGCUUGCUACCGAACGAUUAAAAACUAGUUUGCUAUUGUUGUGUCUCCAGUGGGUCCUGUGCAUUUUUUAUGCGGCUUUUGUGGAAUAUGCACCGCAGGCGAACGCCUCGUAUGCCUGGAAUUCCAUCGACCCGGUUUUCGGCGGAUUCAACCAGGAUAAGAACGUGAUUAAGGAUUAUUACACACGCACAUUAAAGCGCAACCAACAUUCGUGCCAGCAAGUGACUGAAAACCCUUCUAUUUUUUCAGUGUUCCAAGAUGUCCACGUCAUGAUAUUUAUGGGCAUUGGUUUCCUAAUGGCAUUCCUAAAGCGCUAUGGAUAUAGCUCCGUGGGAUUUACAUUUUUAUUAGGAUCUUUUACCGUCCAAUGGUCAGUUUUAUGUCUGGGAUUCUACGAGCUCAACGACGACUACAAAAUAGAAUUGGGGAUCGAAAGUAUUUACAAAGCUGAUAUUGCCGCUGCUACGGUUCUUAUAUCUGUGGGGGCAGUACUCGGAAGGACGUCGUAUAUCCAGUUAAUGAUUAUGGCCUUUAUAGAAAUAACAGCUUAUUCAGGAAACCUUUAUUUGGGCACAAAAAUCUUUCAGGCGGCAGAUGCCGGUGGUUCAAUAUUUGUUCACACUUUCGGCGCUUACUUCGGUUUAGCUGUUAGUUACGUGAUCAACAGAAAAAAGGAAGGAAGCGAAGAAACAAGAAGCUCCUUGUUAGAGUCCAACUACACGUCCGAUUUAUUUGCCAUGUUAGGCACUGUAUUUCUCUGGCUAUUCUGGCCCAGCUUCAAUGCCAUCGAGCUCAAAGGCGACGACCAACACCGCGCCGUCCUCAACACCUACCUGGCCUUAGCUUCCUGCUGCACAUCCGCAUUCGCCGCCUCGUUGAUUUUCAAUUCCGAUCGUAAGUUUGAUAUGGUGCACAUCCAAAAUUCUACCCUGGCGGGGGGAGUAGCAAUUGGUGCCUCGGCUAACUUGAUGCUGCAGCCCUACGGGGCGGUAAUUAUAGGGAUCAUCGCGGGAUUCCUUUCGGUUUUCGGCUACAGCAGAUUAUCGCCAAUUCUGGAAAAGUCCUUCAACUUGCCCGACACUUGUGGCAUCCACAACCUACACGGCAUGCCGGGCGUCUUCGGGGCCAUCGUCAGCGUGAUCAUGGCGGCUCUCGCCACCGAAGCUACCUACAAUAAGAGCCUGUACGAGAUGUACCCAGCACGAGCAAGUCCUACUGCGGCACCAACCCCGGACUAUCACAUUAAUCCAGGGGUGGGACGAAGCGCCGGUCAGCAAGCCGGAUAUCAAAUAAUUUCCCUUCUGGUAACGCUCGCCUUCGCCACAGUCUCUGGAUUUAUUACAGGGUUUAUAUUAAAAUGGAAAAAGACCAGUCGAAUUUCGUCGCAAUUCCACUAUGACGACGCCAUCUUCUGGACAAUUCCUGAACAUCUACCACCACCAAAAAAGAUCUCUGAAGCUUUUAGUCAGUAUGACCCUUCAUUUGAAAUACCGCUAAAUGAAUGAACGCCUUUAAAAAGAUAAUUUUCAGUUUAUAGCACAUGUUACAAAGUAACUUAAGAAAGAUUG